UAAUUUUGCUUGUUUGCUCACACUUUUCUGCUGCAAAACAUCUCAAAACUUUUUACUGUACAAUCGGUCUUCUACUUUCAAUCGUCUACUUACGGUUGAAAAUUGUUCAUGAAAUACUUUGUAUAAAGUUCUUUGAUACAUAAAACGAAAUUGUUUCUGGGGCCAUCACGUGUACAAAUAUGUGUCUUAUCGUUGUACCAAUAAAGUCUGCUUUGGCCUUUAAAUAAGAAAUAGAUGGCAGUUCUGAGGUUGAAGGCGCUCUGAAAGCCUGGAUUCAGUUUCAGCUUCAGCAGAAAUGUGCUUCGGAUGUGAUUUGACUGGAUCUAGGCGGGUUUUAAAAGGGGAAAAGACUGUUCUAAUGCAUUGAUAGUGCAAUAUGUUUAAUUGUUAGGUUGUUUGUUUGUUGAAAUGUAAAAACGUGUGAGAAAGGUUGUGAGGCGACUGAAGAUUCUUAAAAUAGCACAUGGCUUUCGUAAUGUGUAACUGUGUGAAAUUCUACUUGUCAGGAGAAUCCACCAUGUUGGUAAUGUUCCUGGCACUGCUGAGCUUCAGCCAGGGUCUGCCGCAGAAGCCGAACCUCGACGCGAUCCUGAAUCGGAGAACUGACGUGUAUAUAGCUGGCUUCUUUCCAUUCGGCAAGGGCGUGGAGAACUCUAACACUGGUCGAGGUGUGAUGCCGAGCGUGAAACUGGCGCUGGACCACGUCAACGAGCACGACUCCGUGCUCAGGAACUACCGGCUGCACAUGUGGUGGAACGACACUGAGUGCAACGCGGCGGUGGGCGUGAAGUCAUUCUUCGACAUGAUGCACAGCGGGCCACACAAGCUGAUGCUGUUCGGGGCGGCCUGUACUCACGUCACUGAUCCCAUCGCGAAGGCCUCCAAACACUGGCAUCUUACACAGCUCUCAUACGCGGAUACCCACCCGAUGUUCACAAAAGAGGCCUUCCCAAACUUUUUCCGCAUCGUACCUUCGGAAAAUGCGUUCAAUGUGCCGAGGAUCCGGUUGCUGCAGCAUUUCAACUGGACAAGAGUUGGAACCAUUUACCAGAAUGAGCCCAGAUAUGCCUUGGCUCACAAUAGACUGCUCGCGGAUUUGGACAGCAAUGGAUUCCUAAUAGAAGAAACACAGAGCUUCGCAACAGAAGUGAGGACUGCGCUCUCUAAAUUGAAAGAGAAAGAUGUGAGAAUUAUCUUGGGCAACUUUAAUGAAACAUGGGCAGUUAAGAUCUUUUGCGAGGCUUACAAGUUAGAGAUGUACGGCAGAGCAUACACUUGGUUACUACUUGGAACAUACAGCAACAAGUGGUGGAUGAGGCGGGCUCCUUGUUCUAAACGAGACCUGACCACUGCACUAGACACGACCAUACUCACCGACUUGCUACCACUGUCCACCACGGGGGAGACAACUGUGUCUGGGAUAUCCGCAAAAGAUUAUCAAGUGGAGUACGACAGAAGACGGGGAAUUGAGUAUUCUCGAUUUCACGGAUAUACUUAUGAUGGUAUUUGGGCAAUGGCGCUUGCGAUACAGACAGUGGCACAACGAGUGAAGCUCAGGUACAAGGAGAAGACGGUGCAGGACUUCAAGUACAGGGACAAAGAAUGGGAGCAGCUGUUUCUCGACGCACUCAGCAACGUGACCUUUGAAGGAGUCACGGGCCCAGUGCGGUUCUACGACAACGAGCGAAAAGCCUCAAUCUUGCUGAAGCAAUUUCAAGGCGAUGAGGUAGGGGAGGUGAAGGUGGGGGAGUACUGUGCCGAAAGGGAUCACCUCGAUCUCGGUAGCUGGGAGCCGUUUAAAUGGAUUGGGAAGAAUCCACCUAAAGAUCGCACUCUACGGUUAAUAGAGCACACGCAAGUGAAUAUCACCAUCUAUUCGGUGCUGGUCUCGUGCUCCAUCCUGGGCAUACUGCUUGCUACUGGUUUUCUUGCUAUGAACAUACAUUACAGGAAUCAGAGGUAUAUAAAAAUGUCGUCACCGCAUUUGAACAAUCUGAUCAUCGUGGGUUGUAUGCUUACAUACCUGAGCGUGAUCUUCCUCGGCCUGGACUCCAGUCUCAGCAGUAUAGCUGCGUUUCCAUACAUCUGCACUGCUAGAGCCUGGCUGCUGAUGGCCGGCUUCAGCCUCGCGUUCGGUGCCAUGUUCUCCAAAACUUGGCGUGUACAUUCCAUCUUUACUGACGUCAAGCUAAAUAAGAAGGUGAUAAAAGAUUAUCAGCUCUUCAUGGUGGUUGGAGUACUGCUCUGUGUAGAUUUGGCGAUCAUGACCACUUGGCAGAUCUCCGAUCCGUUUUACAGAGCCACGAAACAAAUGGAACCUUAUCCCCAUCCGUCGAGUGAGGACAUAGUAAUAGUGCAAGAGAACGAGUACUGCCAGUCAGAGCGGAUGACUAUAUUCAUCGGCAUCAUUUACGCAUACAAAGGUCUCCUUUUGGUGUUCGGAGCAUUUCUCGCGUGGGAGACCCGCCACGUGUCUAUACCGGCGUUGAACGACUCGAAGCACAUAGGCCUCUCGGUCUACAACGUCCUCAUCAUGUGCAUCAUGGGCGCUGCUAUAGCACUCGUGCUGUCUGACCAUAAAGACGCGCUGUUCGUCCUGAUCGCCAUUUUCAUCAUAUUUUGCACGACAGCAACCCUGUGUUUGGUGUUUGUUCCUAAACUGCUGGAGCUGCGCCGCAACGGGCAGCCGGGCGCGGCGCCGGCGCGCAUCCGCGCCACGCUGCGGCCCGCGUCCACGCACGAGUGCCGCUCGCCCGGGCCCGAGCUGGAGCGCCGCCUGCGCGAGCUGCGCCAGUACAACAACCGCUACCGCCGCACGCUGCAGGCCAAGGAGAACGAGCUGCAGGUGCCGCCACCGCCCUGUCAAACAAGCGACAUAACAUCGGUGUGCAGUCUAAGUGCCUCCGCCGGUGCCGAAGCAGAAUACAUCAAUUUACAAAAUCAGCAGUCUGCGGAGAAAAUAAAACCAUCAGCGCCACCGGAGCCAAUCAAGGAGGUUCCGUCAAAGGAAUCCAAAAAAGAGCAGACGAAGAAUGUCUCUUUUAAGAAUCACCUUGACUAUACUAGCCCUCCAGCUUCGAAAGCAGUCCCUGAAAAGGAUCAACUUGCGAAACUGCCAUAUGGCUGGACUGCUGAGGAGCCCUCAGAACCGACGCCUAAAGCAGUAGCAAAGGUGCAACCAGAACCAGCAAAAGCUGAAGCGAAAACCAUAACAGCAUUGAAGCUUAGUGACACUCCCACCGCUAAAUCAGUGCCCGCCAAGAUACAAGAGCCGAUGUAUACGAAAGCGGCUACACCAAAGAUUAAUAAGACACCAGAGCUUCAAAAAAAGGUUGUGAAGAGCCAGGAAUCUAUAUCGACAAAGACUACACCGUCUCGAGACCACAAGGUGCAGUCACGCGGCCAUCGCCGUAUGUCCAGCCUGAGCCAAGGAGCGCUACUCACUGAUUUGAUGCACGUCUCCGUAGACCAAGAUGAUAUUGAACCACCUCCAGGGAUGGAGAGAAAAGUUAUAGGACAAGAAAGAGAUCCACCACCGUCGAAGUCGAAACAAGAACCAGAAGACAUAUUAGACAUAGAUCACGAUUAUUCAUCAAUGGAGAGAAGAAAAGCAUGUCAAAGACGAGAUUCGGAGAAAAGAAAAAAAGAGAACUUUAUAGUGGUGCAGAGCGAUCUUUGGGACACCAAUACUUUCCAGUACACUUGUCAGAAAUCACCACCUGGUCACCACCAUUCUCCAAUGCAACGAAGUGUGUCCGAAAAAAGUCGACAGCAGUCGUCUCCUCAUCACCAGAGAGAUCCAGAUACUAAGAGCAUAGAGAGAAGAGCAUCAAAUGCCUCUAUAAAUUAUGCUGGUACAACAAGAGGAGGUACUCCUGAGGGUUAUCGGGAGGCGGAAACAUUAAGAAUGACUGAUCGGCUGUCUAAGCAGCGGCGAGGAUCAGAGUUCCCUCAGCCUGUGAGCACACCGCCGCAUCAGAACCAAACUAAAAGAAGACAAUCGUCCGCUCAGGUGCGACCAAUGCAAGAAACAGAACACGAUAGGGUAACGGAAAAACCUGAACAGAAACCUCGAAGACAUGACGACAUACCUCGGAAACCUGUUCAAGAGGUUCAGCAAGAAGAGUCCUGGAGACCAGAUCCUGAUACGAUCAGAGUGUCAAAGGGCCAAGACUCGCCAGCCAAAAGGUUACGUCAAGAAGCGGAACCCCUUAAAAGGGCGAAGGGUGUCGGUGAUUCGCCGCGUUUGACGCAAGCAUCUCACCAACCGAGGCCUGACCAUCACAAGAGCAGUCCUAACGUAGCUUCUAGACAUAAAUCAGGUUCACCAAACAAGCGAGAGGACCGCAAAUCAGCGACAUACAGCCGCAGCGAUUCCAAGCGGCAGGAAUCCGUGGAGCAGCGCAAGAUGUACACCGCCAGUUCAGAGUCGGAACUAUUCGAGUGCGCCAUCUUACCCAUCUUCCAUAAACUUCUAACGGAGAGGCACAAGAGUCAGCCGCACGGUUUGAAUCUCAGCUACGGUGUCAGCUGUCCCAAUAUAUCGAUUAAGUGCGAUAUAGUUGAGUAUUUGUAAGGUUUUAGGUCAAUUUCCUUGAAUCGAACUUGGUCUAAACAAUUUUGAAGCCUUUAUUAGGAUUGUUAUACCUAUUUGAUACUUUUCUGACCAUCAUACGAAUGAUUAAUAUCCUGGUAUUCGUUAUAAUUGCCUGGAAUUACUAGAGUCCGGCUACAUACAUGGCUUGAGAAUGUGACAGCGUGAAAAAUAUUACCAGGAGGUUGAUAGAUGCAAGCAUGGAUAAUUUUUCGCGAAAUAUGCGGGAAAUCUAUGUUCAGCAUUUGAUAAGGACUAGGUUGAAAUGAUGAUGGUACAUAGUCAGAAUACCAGAACCUUCUUAGGUUUCUUUAUCGCGGCCUAUGUACAAUAUUUAUUGAUAAUAUUUCCAACUAAGAUGUUGAUUUCUUACAUAUAACGUUCCUAAAAAUAAAUUUUAUCUUUUCAUCCUUCAAUGAAUACUUAUUUUGAAUAUUAUAUGGCGGAAAAAUAAAUUAUAUUUCUUCACAAUAUUAAUUUUAGUUAAAAGGAAAUAGCACUAUUUUACAAUCGUCGGUCAUCAGGAAUUUAAGGAAUAUUAGAUUUUAAGAUAGAAAAAGGUGUAAAUGUAAUAAUAGAUAAUUAUACGAAGUUAAGAAAAUUGUUAGAGAACAAAUUAUGAAUGUUUUUAAAGUUAGCUGUAACGUUUUCAACGACAAGUUCGCUCACGGGUCUCUUAAUGUAAAAACGUAUGUAUAAAGUGGUCAACUAUUUCAAUUGUUACUUAAUUAAAACAUCGAAUUUGUAUAGUGAAAUUAAUAAUUAUUAUGGUGAACUAACGGACUACAUUUCGGAAAACUUAAGCGAAUGGUAGUGGUAGAUUUUAGAAUGGACUUUUAUGUGUUGCAAUUAAAAAUGUUAGAUAGGUAGGUAAUAUAAUAAAUGGGACUUGUCCUAACAGAUUUCCAACAACAUGUUUUUUCCGUAAAUUAAUAAUUUUCGAGAAAAAAUACUUGAGAACAUGAUUUUAAAUGAAUGGUAACUAUAUAAAUGAAAUCAAUAUAAUUAAAACUUACAAACAUUUGUCAAAUAAAUAAAAUGACACAGAACUGGCAAGAAUAACGUAAAUGUAUUAGGAGGGCUGAUCUCAAAUAGGGAAGUAGCCAAAAAAAUGAUUUGAGCACAAAAUAGAUAUGACAUAAAAUAUCAAUAUCCAAAUCGAGUCAAGUUGUAUGGGAAGUUUUAAGUUUUUUUAUUAUUAUUUUUUGACCUAUGUUUAUACAGCAAAAAUGUCCAGUGUCACUGGACGAAUACUCCUUUAAAAGAAAUCCAAUGAUUCUGAUUUCACCUGUAUACAAAAAUGAAACUUGUUCUUAAUUUUUCCGAAGUGUAGUGUUUGUUCUACAAUUUAAAUUGUCCUGAACGAAACUUGUAUCGUGCACGAGAAGUUUUAGUCUGACGCACGUGUUGCAUUUGUUACAUUGUUACUUAAUUAUUGUAGGUGUUUUCAAGUAUUUUGUCAAUUCAAAUUAAUUGCUGACACAUCAUAUCCUACGAUAGAUUCCAGUGGUUGAAUAUAAUUGUCUGAUAUAUUUAUUUAACUUUGAUGACGACAUGAUAGAUAGCUACCUCUAAUUGAUGAUGAUUUCGAAAUUUCAUUCCAACCUAGAUUGAAUUACUAGAAACAGAAUUUCUAGGGACCAGUAACACGAAUAAAAUAUUUGUUUGAGUGAAACUUUGUUCGCAGUAAUCCAUGAGGUCCGUUUCUCAA